GGCGGCGGGGCGGGGGGGGACCGGGCAGGAGCAACCGCCGGGCUGGAGGAGCCGCCGCGGGCACAGUAUGUCCCAAUGGAGUCAAGUUCAACAACUGGAAAUAAAGUUUUUAGAGCAGGUAGACCAGUUCUAUGAUGAUAACUUCCCCAUGGAAAUCCGGCAUCUCCUCGCACAAUGGAUAGAAAGCCAAGACUGGGAGGCUGCGUCCAACAACGAAGCGAUGGCAACGAUCCUUUUACAGAAUUUGCUGAUACAGGUGGAUGAACAGCUGGACCGGGUUUCACAGGAGAAGAAUCUUCUCUUGAUACACAACCUGAAAAGAAUCAGAAAGCUGCUGCAGGGCAAAUAUCAUGGUAAUCCCAUGCAUAUAGCAGUAAUCAUCUCCAACUGUUUAAGAGAAGAACGAAGAAUAUUGGCCGCAGCUAGCAUGCCUGUACAGGGGCCACUGGAGAAAUCUCUGCAGAACUCCGUGGUUUCGGAACGACAACGGAACGUAGAACACAAAGUGUCAGCCAUCAAGAACAGCGCUCAGAUGACCGAUCAAGAUGUCAAAUACUUGGAAGACUUGCAAGAGGAAUUUGACUUCAGGUAUAAAACAAUACAAAGCUUAGAGCAGAGCGACAAAAACAGCGCCCUCAUUAAGCAGGAAAUGUUGGCCUUGCAGGCGAUGCUCAACACUUUAGACUACAAGAGAAAGGAGGUGCUCAGCAAAAUAGGGCGCGUGAUUCACGAGAUCGACGUGCUGAUGAGCAACAUGCUGACCGAGGAGCUGCUGGACUGGAAGAGGCGGCAGCAGAUCGCCUGCAUCGGGGGUCCGCUCCACGGCGGCCUCGACCAGCUCCAGAACUGCUUUACGCUGUUGGCAGAGAGUCUCUUUCAAGUUAGAAGGCAACUGGAAAAACUGGAUGAACUGUUGACCCGACUGACAUACGAUGGGGACCCUAUCCCAGUGCAGAGACCUCAGCUGCUGGAAAAAGUCAACUUUCUGCUCUACAACCUCUUCCGCAAUUCAUUUGUGGUCGAAAGGCAGCCCUGUAUGCCAACGCAUCCCCAGAGGCCAAUGGUUCUUAAAACGUUAAUACAGUUCACUGUUAAAUUAAGGUUGCUGAUUAAAUUGCCAGAGCUGAACUACCAGAUCAGAGUGAAAGCAACUAUUGACAAGAAUGUUUCAACUGUAAGUAAUCGCAGAUUUGUUCUGUGCGGAACGCACGUGAAAGCAAUGAACAUGGAUGAGUCCGCAAAUGGAAGCCUGUCAGUAGAAUUCCGACAUUUGCAACCCAAAGAAAUGAAAUCAAGUGCUGGAAGCAAAGGAAAUGAGGGCCCGCACAUGGUGACCGAGGAGCUGCACUCCAUCAGCUUCGAAACGCAGGUCUGCCUCUACGGACUGACCAUCAACCUGGAAACCAGCUCAUUGCCUGUGGUGAUGAUUUCCAACGUCAGCCAACUACCCAACGCCUGGGCUUCUAUUAUUUGGUACAAUCUAUCAACCAAUGAUCCUCAGAAUUUGUCUUUCUUCAACAACCCCCCUGCUGCCACUUUAAGUCAGCUCUUAGAAGUGCUGAGCUGGCAGUUUUCGUCAUAUGUCGGUCGUGGACUCAAUUCUGAGCAGCUCAACAUGCUGGCGGAGAAACUUAUGGGACAACAAGUCAGUUACAAUGAUUAUCAACUAUCCUGGGCAAAGUUCUGCAAGGAACAUUUGCCUGGGAAGUCUUUUACCUUUUGGGUUUGGCUUGAAGCAAUCCUGGACUUAAUUAAAAAACACAUCCUUCCUCUUUGGAUUGAUGGGUAUGUAAUGGGAUUUGUCAGCAAAGAGAAGGAACGAAUUUUGCUUAAAGACAAGACACCAGGAACAUUUUUAUUAAGGUUUAGUGAAAGCAAUCUGGGUGGAAUUACCUUUACGUGGGUGGAUCAGUUAGAAAAUGGAGACGUGACAUUUCAUUCGGUGGAACCCUAUAACAAAGGUCGCCUAUCUGCGCUGCCUUUUGCUGACAUACUGCGCGAUUACAAAGUGAUUAUGGCAGACAACGUUCCCGAAAACCCUCUGAAGUAUCUCUAUCCAGACAUUCCCAAAGAUAAGGCCUUUGGCAAACACUACAGCUGUCAGCCAAGUGAAGUCUCAAAGCCCUCUGAUGGAGGAGGCAAAGGUUACGUUCCUUCCGUUUUUAUCCCAGUCUCCAAAAUCUUAAAUGAUUCUACAGAUCCACAUUCUCCAUCAGAUCUUCUUCCAAUGUCUCCAAGUGUUUAUGCUGUGCUGAGAGAACACCUGAGUCCCACAGUGAUCGAAACUGCUCUGAGUUCUCCUUACUCGACUGACUGAAGUUCACAUCCUAGAAAAAUCAGGAAUCCUGUGAACACUGGAUGGGCUAAAGAUGCAGUAAUUAUUUGUUUGUUUGGUCAUUCUUUGUAAAUCAGCAUUUCCUGGAAACCAUUAUGUUAUUCUUGGUGGCUCUUUCUGUUAUCAAUACCAUGUAAACCAGAAAUCUGCUCCCUAGGGAUUGCACACAGCCUCCUGCGAGUCAGAAUUGCUAUCCUCUCUGAUAAAAGGCCAAAUCCUUUCUGGCUUGGAGGUUGCGUGACUUCAGUGGAGUCCAGCAGGGAUAAAUUUUACUUGCAGAAUUAAUGUCCAUAGAAUUGCUGUAAAUACAAGCGUAUAACAAAAUGUUUCACUUCUGAGAACAGCAUAUAAGGAUAACUGAUGACAUUAAUGCAUUUGGGGAAAAUAGCAUUUAUUAUGUUAAAAAGUCUCUGUUUCAUUAUCAUCUUGCAUACCAUUGGUUUAGCUUCUAUUUUAAAGUGAAGAUUCUCACCCCUCUGAGUUGAGAUGUGCCAUAGGUGUCCAGGGUUUGCUUGUGUUCCAAAGAAGAACUACUUUAACACAGAUCUUUAUCUGCUACCACAGCAGAAGUUGUGGAAAGCAGGCAGGCUGGGAAAAGAACAGAGUUCCAGAAGGCAAAGAGACACAAAACUGGUGGUGUCUCCAUUUUACUAUCUGGUAAACACAAACUGGGAAGCAGUUUUUAAAAAUAGUUACUGAAGAGCUGCAGCAUUUGCUGACCGCUGGGCAAUUUGUGCUGCAUGACAGAACGUUAUGUGCCUGUCAGGGACUCAUUUAAUAAGCAGAAUAACUAUUUUUUAUAUAAGUGGUAAAUUGCCUUUUUGAAGUAUUCUCCCCGCACCGCCCCCCCCCCCCCCCCCACCCAGUAUCAUCCCUUAAAACUCUGUGAAUAGAAUAAUAAAUGGACAAUUCCAAGGCCACUGCAUUUCAUGCAUGCAGGCUUAUUCAAUAUUUAAUUUUUGCCUACAGAAUAUAUGGUUGAAACAUGCAAAGCUCUUAAAAUACUUAUGAAAACUUGAAUGUUUGCACCUUACACUCUUCUUGAGUAGAUACAAAUCAGACAGGCAAGAUGAAAACAUAACCUCCUUGAAUCAGUAAGACCUGGAUUUUACUUUCAUUUCUUCUUUUUACUUACUCCUCUCACCCGUACUAUUGACAUUAGUUGAAAGCAACUGAAUGAAAAAGAUGAGAUACCUCUGUGAUACACAGGAGUAGGUUUUAAAUGAACAAACACAUCUCUGUUCAUUAAUACGAGUGAUCCAAAGCAAGCUGCAGAGAGUAAGUAAUUUUUCCUCAGAAAGCAUCAUAUAUAAAUAAUGUUCCAGAACAAUGAGAGCAACUAUGUAUAUACUUUGGCAACACCUGUAAUUUAUAUUAUCAGUAAGAAUAAAAACUGGUUUUGGCUUAAAGCUGGA